AUGGAUAUGAUUAACCAGACAUUUGUGUCAGAAUUUCUUCUUCUGGGUCUUUUAGGAUACCCAAAGACUGAGAUCAUUUACUUUGCUGUGAUUCUAGUUAUGUACCUAGCAAUUCUAACUGGCAAUGGUAUUCUGAUCAUAGCAAGCAUCUUUGAUUCCCGUCUUCACACUCCCAUGUACUUCUUCCUGGGGAACCUCUCUUUCCUGGAUAUCUGCUACACAUCUUCCUCUGUUCCAUCAACUCUGGUGAGCUUAAUCUCAAAGAGAAGAAACAUUUCCUUCUCUGGAUGUGCAGUGCAGAUGUUCUUUGGAUUUGCAGUGGGGUCAACAGAAUGUUUGCUUCUUGGCAUGAUGGCUUUUGAUCGCUAUGUGGCCAUCUGUAACCCUCUGAGGUACCCCAUCAUCAUGAGCAAGGUGGUUUAUGCUCUGAUGGCUUGUGUGUCAUGGUUCUCUGGUGGAAUAAAUUCAAUUGUGCAAACAUCUCUUGCCAUGCAAUUACCCUUCUGUGGGAAUAAUAUUAUCAAUCAUUUUACAUGUGAGAUCUUAGCUGUCCUCAAGCUCGCUUGUGCUGAUAUAUCACUCAAUAUUAUUACCAUGAUGAUAUCAAAUAUGGCCUUCCUGGUUCUCCCUCUUCUAGUUAUUUUUUUCUCCUAUAUGUUCAUCCUGUGCACCAUCUUGCGAAUGAACUCAGCCACAGGAAGACACAAGGCCUUUUCCACCUGCUUAGCUCAUCUGACUGUGGUGAUUGUAUUUUAUGGUACCAUCUUCUUUAUGUAUGCAAAACCAAAGACCCAAGACCCAAAUGGAAAAGACAAGUUUCAAACUUUGGACAAGCUGAUUUCUUUAUUUUAUGGGGUAGUGACCCCCAUGCUGAAUCCUAUAAUCUAUAGCUUGAGGAAUAAGGAUGUAAAAGCUGCUGUAAAAUAUAUGCUGAACCAAAACCCUAUUCAAUAA